UUUAUUAACUUACUUUCUUCAUUCAUUAUUUAAUUAGUUCGUAUUUGUGGAUGAGUAUGUAGUACUUUUUAUUUGUAUUUUUGUCUUUUGUUUUUAUGUAUUUAAUAUCCAUUGAUUUAGUUUUUCCUUCAUUUUGGGGCUGUGGAUGUAUUUCUUGUCCGCAUUAUUAUUUUUAUUUAUUUUUUUGAAGUAUUUUUCUGAUAAAAACUAAUAACGCAUCUAAUUAUUGUUCUUAUCAUUUAUUCUGAUUGAGUAUAUUUCAUUAUUAUUCUUAUAGGUUUUUUUAACCAUUUCAUUUCAUUUCUUUUAUACGGAUACAUCGAAUACAAUUUUUAUUUGUUAAAUUCUUCUUAAUGUAAAAUUUUAACAUAUAUUUCAAUUUAAAAUCUUUGGACUGUGUAAAUGUGUAUGUGUGUCUUUCUGUCAAAUCCAAAUUUAAAAAAUGUUAAAUGUAUCUGUAUUUUUCAAUUAUUUCUAGCUAGAUUGGAAGCAUCUUUCAUACAUCAAGGACCAAAAAAAAUUAAUAUCACCUUCCAUCAUAAUUCCAUCCGUUAUAGCAUUUUCCAGACAAAAUAUACGUAAUCCAUUGUUCCCUUUGUAUGAGUUUUCCUUUUUAUCAGCAGAAGAGAGGGGGAAAACAUCCAUUAUCAGUCAGUAGCACCGCGAUUACGAGGUUGUUACGAGCGGUGUUAGCGUAACCCGACCGACCGGGGUGCGAUAAGCGCACCGAUACGCAUUUUCCUUAUAAAACAUUCAAUUUCCCCGGUACGGCCAUGCUUUCGCACCGUGACAGCGGCUCCAGUCGGGCGCGUACAGCUGGAAAACCGCGACGCUCGUAUGCUGUGUGGUGUGAACUUGACACCGUAGAACGAAGAGAAACGACUCCAACAGUGUAAAAUCACUACCACGUGUGUGUGUGAACUGUCUGUGGAUCUGUUUUGCAGCACCGGCAAAGAGAAGAAAGAAGGCAACAAAAAAGGACUGUUCCUGUUGCGUGUGAUUUUGGUGCGUGAUUUAUGCGGCUGUCGUCGUCUGUAGAACGGUAUCCAAAUUUUCAAUUUCACUUUCACGACCGAGCUGCGGGGUCGUCGUUGUGGAAAGCAAUUUUCGCAGCGAAAGUGUCACUGUCACCUCGCUGACUGAGUGUGUGUGUGCGUGUGAGGCAGAGGUAUGGCAGAGGCGCAAGUGAGCGAAACGGUGCUGCGCUGGAUUACCGCCCUGAACUGGAGCGCGUCAGUCGGGGCCGACCUGUUGACAGGCGGGAUGACGACGGGCCGCGAACAUCAGGGCGGGCUGACGAUGAUCGGCUACUGGGAGCGCUCGCUCAAGAACCUUUCCACCGAGCAGCGGACCGUCUUUACCGUGUUCGCGAUCAUGGUGAUGGUGAUGGCCAUCUUCGGCAACAUCGUCACCAUCAUCACGAACGUGCGGCGGGAGCAGCGGCAUCUGCUGCGCGUCUGCAUGCUGUCGCUCGCUUUCUCCGACAUCGCGUUCGUGAUCGUCACCUCGAUCGUGUACCUGUCGCAGUUCAAUACGGAGUUUAAUUCGCUCUGGACCCUCGGUGAGCUGAUGUGCACCUUUUCGCCGUUCGUGCAGACAAUGGCGGUGCUGGUGAACAGCAUCACGCUCGUCGCGAUCGCGCUCGACCGCUACAUGGCCGUGCGCAGCUUGGUGAAGGGCGUGUGGGAACCGAACGGCUGGUUCUGUCUCACGUGCGGCGUGCUGAUCUGGGGCCUGGCAGCGGGCAUUGCCAGCCCGAUGCUAACGCUGUACGAGAUGUACGACAUCGUGGUGCUGACGACGGACCCGCAGCAACCGCACGAGAUCGUCACCGGGUACUACAUGGCGACGAUCUGUGCGACGGACAAGAGCAAGAACAGCUACUACUUCGUGAUCGUGUUUGUGGUGAUCUUUCUCCCGCUGCUCGGUGCGUUCUGCUGGCUCAAUGGUGUGAUUGCGAAAGCGUUCUGGGUCAGGCGGAAGCCGAUCGGGGCGCCGAGCGGGACGAACAAGUGCACCGCCACCAGCACGUCCGGGGAGAGUGGCAGCGACCGGAAGGCAACGCUUACCACCAAUGUGGCCACCUUGCAGCCGAUUGUGGAACGGCGCACGCCAGCCUCGGUGUUUAGUAAGUAUCGUUUGGAAUCCUUUAUAGGAAAUUAGGCUUACAGUGUAAAGCGGGUUUUUGUUAAUAAUCAUAUGACAUAUCAUUUGCUUUUCGAACUGCAAUAGCACAUUUACAUUUAACAUUUAAGAUUCAGUUUGUAUCCCUAUCAGAAACUAGAUUUUACAGGGUUUCCUAACCAAUCCAGCCUUGUAAAAGCAUUAUCUCUUCUUUCGCACAAUAACCGUUGUCAAUCAAGGCCUGGCUGUACCACUAAUACGCUUGACUUUCAGAUUACCUUAAUAGCAGGAUAAUCAGUCCUACGUAUGAGGGCACGGUCCAUUCGGAGAUUGAACCCAUGACAGUCAUAUUGUUAAGUCUGCUCGUACGAGUCGUACAAGUUGACGUUUGUACGACCAGAGCGGUCCAAAAAGCGUUAUCGGGCGCCGUAAAUAUUUAUUCGGGCGGUGUAAACUCUCAAUAGGACUUCGCUCUUCUUCUAUUUCACGUAGCCAUAAUUCACAUAAUUCAUUACCACGUAGCUGGAUAGUGAAUCCUUGCUACGGGGGACCGGUCCGUCCUAGGCCUGAACCCAUAACGGGCUUGUUAUUGCGUCGUUCGAGUUGACGACCGUAACACGGAACCGCCCCUCAAUUGGACACUGUCAGUUAUAUUCGAUCCUGGUGAAAUAUGAAUCAAGGACAAUAAAGAAUGCAUCCACCCUACUCUUUAAGUUGUCAAAUCCGGAAGUUCCGGGUUGUUGCACUGCUUAACAGCAUGUCUGUGACUUGUUCAAGUCUUCAAGUUCAACUCUACUAUGUGUAAGCUUCAGAUAUCCCUAGAUUUUCCAUGGUAAACCUUAGACGGUCUCUGAUAACCAAAAUCUUUAGUGGAUAAGACAUUAAAUCGACUACAGUUGGUUGCAAUACUAAGAAGAUAAAGUAGAAAGUGUAAUUAUCUAGGAUCCUUUCCAAAAUUACUCUUAUCCAUUAAUUAUCCUCUCUAAAUUAACUUAUUUCUGGUCAUAUUUUCUUGCAUUUUUUAGUAGAGUUUUAGCAUCCUUAUCGGGAGCUAGUUCCUACCUUCUUAUCAAAUAGCGCAUUUCGAUCAUAUUAGAUUCCCAUCAGCUGUAAUAUGUAGGAGUCGUAGUUCUGAUGAUGAUGAGGACUCUUCUUAUACUUUUUCAUCUACUUCUUCUUUAUGUUCCUUUUUGACGAACUGGCCAAAUCGAGGUCUUGUCACCCAACAUAGGGUCUUUUCAAACAUAUCUUAUAUCCGAUAUUCACGUCAUAGUUACCGAUGGAUAGGUUCGAAUGGAAAUUGAACCUCUUGUAUCUUGUGGGAACCCUAUACAUCUAACCAAUUGACCGCCAGGCCACUCCUUAACCUGAAACGUAUAAUCGAAUUUAUAUCAUAUUUUAAUCUUAGAAUUCAAACCGUCACUGCACAUUCUCAGCUCAGGUUAUCUGAGCAGUUCAAUUACACUUGUUUACCCAUGGCAUAAAAUUAAAAUGCUUCAUAAUUUUGCACCUUGUCAUUCGCGGAUGAAGUAAUGUUUCAAUCUUAUUGCCGCUAAUGUGCUAGCUAGCUGAUAACGAUCAACCAACCGUUAGUUCAACCGUGUCUGCAUAGACCAAACGUAAGCGUACGCGUACCAACCGACUACCUUUCUCUUGGCAGCUUCCAACUGUACCUGUCCGCACCACAACACCACGGCCAUCGUCGGAGAGCCUGCGACGCACAG